AUGGAGGUGUUUGCUCUUAUAUCCAUGUGUGCUACCGCAAAAGAGGCGUGGGAUGUGCUGAUGAGUACGUAUGAAGGAAAUUCUAAAGUCAAGAAACAACGUCUUCAACAAUUAGCCACCAGAUUUGAAGAGUUAAAGAUGGACGAGAACGAGACAAUCAGUAUUUUUCAUGGCAAAAUCCUUGCUAUUGCCGACGAGAGUUUCUCACUUGGUGAGAAAAUUUCUGAAGAGAAACUGGUGAGAAAGGUGAUGCGCGCUUUACCAGAGAGAUUCGAUUACAAAAUUGCUGCUAUUGAUGAAGCUAGAGAUGUGUCUGAUAUGAAGCUGGAAGAACUCAUUGGAUCGUUGAGGACGUUUGAGAUGAAUCUGAGAUCUGAGAAAACUGGGAAAGGGAAGAGUAUUGUCUUUGUUGCUGAUUUCGGGAAUAGCAAAAAGAAUUCUACAGAAUUUGACUCUGAUGACUUGGUUGAAUCGUUUGCUACAUUCACCAAGAUUUUUGGUAAAGCCUUCAACAAAUUCAAGAAGAAGAAUGGCGGCAACAAGGGAUUUCAGAAUGCCAAGAAUUUUCAUCCUUCUCAAAGUAAGAAUGAACGUGGAUUAGAAUACAGAUCAGGAAUUCAAUGCCACGAAUGUCAUGGGUAUGGUCAUAUUAAAGCCGAGUGUGCCAACACAUCAAAGAAGCAGAAUAAAUCCUUCAAUGCUUCUCAAAGUGAUGAUGAAACGGAUGACAGUGGGAGCGAUUCAGAGGAUGAACCGAUUGCUCUUCUAAGCUCUACUGAUCUUUCUAAGAAGGAGGAGAUUGAGGAUGAUCCUUUGAAACUUGAGACUGAUUCUGACACUGAAGAGAAAACUGUUGCUUAUGCUGCGAAAGUGGAGGAAGUUUCUGCCAAAGUCUCUCUGGACGUUGCUACUAUGGAAGAGACUGAAAGUGACAAUGAGGAACUUGAUGAAAGCUACCUGGAGAAAAAUUAUGAGAUGAUUUAUAAGAAAUGUUUGGCGGUGCUGGAAUUAAACAAGUCUCUAUCAAUGCAACUUAAUGAUGUUUCUAGAGAACGCGAUAAUUAUAAGGGGAUGUAUGAGAUGCAAAAGACAGAACUUGACAUUCUUAAGCAGACCAUGGAAUCGAAGAUGGGAGAAUUGGAACAUCAACAGAAGCUGGUUAAGAUGAUGAAUUCAGGAACAAACAAGCUCGAUGAAAUUCUGGAUAAUGGACAAUGUUCUGGAAACAAGGCAGGUUUGGGAUUUCAAGGAAAAGGUUGGGUUCCUAAAAAUGAUGGUGUCAAAAGUAAUGAUAUCCCAACCAAAGAAGCAAAUCGUCCACCUCCUCAAAACACUCACAGGCCAGCGACUUAUAGAAAUCUGCCGCCUAAGAAGAAUCAUAAUCGAGCCUUUAUUCCUACAUGUCACUAUUGUGGAAGGCGCGGGCAUAUCAGACCUAGAUGUCGUUUCUUUCUUCGUGACAUCAAGAUCAACAUGAGAAACUCUCAAAACCAUCGACCAAGGAUGAACAGAAGCUAUGUGGCUCAAAAUUCAUUGGGGUAUGAAUUUCAACACUCAUGGCAUCUGGAUAGUGGUUGUUCUAAUCAUAUGACAGGAGAUGCAAAAUAUCUUGAAGAUAUUCAUGCUGUGGCAGAUGAAGAAGUCACUUUUGGAGAUGGUGUUCUGGCGAAAGUUAUUGGAAAAGGGACUUUAAAUGUUCCAGGUAUGCUGAAGCUUAAGAAUGUUAUGCUUGUCAAUGGUUUAAAAGCUAAUUUAAUCAGCAUUAGUCGGCUUUGUGAUAUUAAAAUGAGUGUUAGCUUUGACAAGGAUAAAUGCAUUGUGAAGAAUGGUGAGACAAUGUUUAUAACUGGAAAGCGUUCAAGUGAUAAUUGUUAUAUUGUCUCAACUAACAACUCACACUUCAAGGCCUACACAGAUCCUACAGAAUCUUGGCAUCAAAGACUUGGGCUCUGCAUCUUAUGA